AGUGAAAUGUAUUUCUGAGUUAGGUUGGCUUGUUUUCAGAAUUCACAACAAAAUGCCUCCAGCUGUCCAUCACCACUGUAAAUAUAAAAGUGGUUAUAGAGGAAAAAACGUCAGAAAGCAAAUUCAGUUGAUGUGGAGCAGAAGACAAGAAAGAAGAAGGAGAGGGGCACUUCAUCCCCCUCUCCAAUUCCAUCUGACUGUUCUGAACGGAAUGGCUCCGCUACCUCUGACCCCUCACCCUCUGACCAACUCUCCUCCCUCCAUCCACCUCCCUCUCCUGUUAAAUGUUCCUCUCAGCCUUGCUCUCCUGCUAAACAACCCUCUGUACCCCGGUCACCUGCCAAAAACCCUUCCCCAGUGAAAUCCUCUCCAGUGGUGUCCCACCCUAGUUCUCCCUCUCCUACCAACCCUCUGGACCGUCAUGGAGACACCAGUCAGGAGGGCACAACAGUCAGACCUCUGUCUCUUCAGGAACACUCUAGUCCAAUGCCCCAGAGACCAGUCUCAGCCACCAGAAGCAUGACUCUUCCCAGGGCCAGCUCAGCCACCAGAAGCAUGACUCUUCCCAGGGCCAGCUCAGCCACCAGAGGGUCAGAAGAGACCCAGGGGGCCAGAGGAGAACGGGGGGAACUGGUCAACAUGGAACUUCUUGGGUUGCCUAACAUUGGCAACACUUGCUUCCUUAACGCCACCCUGCAGUGCCUCCUGGUCCUGCCUUCCUUCUCAAAGGAAAUCCUGCACCAGGAACAACUCUGGAGCUCCUCCCCCUUCUCCAACCUGCUCAGGUGUCUGUCUGAUGUGCACCGUUCGGGUUUACCUGACAGUGUGGCAAACCAGGCCUCAAAAGCCGAUCUCAUGUGGAAGGUCAAGUACUCCUUGUCGGGAUACGAUUUGAAGUAUCUGGGGGACACGCAACAGGACGCACAUGAGUUACUUGUCAAUAUGCUGUGCCAGCUGAAGGAGGAGGGCAUGAUUCUGAAGACACUCGGGAUGAACUAUACCUGCCCUGUUUCCCAGCUGGAGUUCCAGCUUGUGUCGGUGCGCACAUGUACCAGCUGUGGGCGCGAGUCGUCUACCAGAGAGGACUACAACCACCUCUCAUUGGACUUCAGCCCUGAGCGCACCUUGCUGAGCAGCCUAGCACUCACUUUCAAAAGUGAACAGGUUGAAUUCACUUGUGAGGGCUGUAAAGGCCUCCACGCCUCAAAGGUGGAGCAGUUCCACUCACUGCCUCUUGUGCUGGUUCUGCAUCUGAAGAGGUUUGGAGGACCUGGGGGGUUGGAGAAGCUGGAGGCUCCUCUUUUGUUUCCUUCGGAGCUGAGGCUCUCCACCCUCUGUGGGGACAUGGUGCCACACCUGCACAGUGCCAGCCCACAGGCCCUCACCAACCAGGCCCCCAGCAUCCAGGGGUCCAUCCCCCAGACCCUCGCCAGCCAAGUCUCCAGCCCACCUGGAGAGGCCAAAGACAGUGCCCUCUGCUGUUCAGAAGCAGAAGCCAGUACAGUCAGUGAAUGGUUAUUACCAGCUGACUGGCGUAGUCUCUCAUUUGGGAGGCUCCGCAAACUCCGGGCACUACAUUAGUGACAUAUUGCAUGCCAGUGGGAACUGGUUCUGCUGUAACGACAGCCAGGUGUCAAUGUCCAAUGAAGCCACUGUGCUGAGGACCAGAGCCCGGAGUGCCUACAUGCUCUUCUAUAUGUUCAGGGCAAUAGAGCGGGAGGCCCCAGCACACAGGGUCUAACAGGGCCACCAGCAUCAGCCCCAGCCUAAACAGGGGCAGCACCUGGACCAGCCUCCAAACACUCAGACCUGUCUCAACAGGGGUAAUACCAGGCCCAGCCUCAAAACCCACAGCCCAGCCUCAACACUCACACACCUGCUUCGAAAGGGGUAGCAUUUGGCCCAACAUCAACAACCCCGAGCCCAGCCACAACAGGGGCAGCACUGGGCCCAACAUCAACACACCCAGCCCAGCCUCAACAUGGGAAGAACCAGGCCCAGCCUCAACAUGGGCAGAACAAGACCCAGCCCCAACAACCUCAGACCUGCCUCAACAGGAAGAUUUAUCGUCUGGGAUUCAGGCCGGUCCUAACAGGAAACGUGACAAAGGGAAGCAGCUGUAAUGGAGCCUUCUAACACCCAAUCAGGUCUGGAGGAGGAAUGUCACAUAAAGAUUCAGAGAUGCUAUGAGUAUCUUUUGAAGUUACUCUCCAGUUGUAUCCAUUUGAAUAAAUACAGACAUGAAAAUGCUGGGCUACGGAUGUGACCUUGGUUCUGUGAGUAGAGUAACGGGUCACCAAACAAGCUAUGGGAACUCCUUCCCUUUAUCGUGAUGUGAUUGAGAUGCUUAAUAUCAACGAUGUUUACAAUGACGCCACACCCUUACUGUACCAUUGUGACCUGUCACUAUUAAAGGCUGUGUGACGUGA